AUGGAUCCCUGGAUGGAUCACGAUGAAAUCGCUGCUGAAAUCUCCUUUGGGAUGACGGAAAAAUGGCCACAGCUCUUUUUUGAUCAUCCCCUCUACCUCAAAGUUGGACAAUUUCUUCUCGGCAUCUAUGAGCCUCGAGAAAUGACAGACUUCUCUUCUUUCGAGACUGGGGCCUUCAAUACCACCCUUCGCUUGACAUUCAUCGAUGAUAGCACUGCCAUUAUCCGAUUCCCAAUGCCUGGCGGUAUCAUGUUCCCCGAAGAGAAAACCCGCAACGAGGUCUCCGUUAUGCAAUUCAUUUCAGAGAAAACUUCCAACAGGAUCCCAAUCCUGGUCCCCCGUGUUGCCCGAUGGGGAUCAAGAGAGGAUUGUCCUGCAAAACUGGCCCCUUUCAUCGCCAUGGACGGUAUCAAUCACAAGGAUUCUGUGGCACAGCUUCUUGAAUGGCCACUAUCAGCAAGGCGUCCCAACUUAGCAGAUAUAGGAUGCUAUUUGAUCAACCCAAAGCUUGACAGGCCUCGACAAGCAGUCAUCUUCAGGGAACCUGCCAACAUCGUCCUGUCACUUUCUACACUGACUUUCGAUCGGAUAGGCUCACCCGAGCUUGACCAGAGUGACAAUUCUACGCCUGAGUGGAAGAUUUGUCGCCGGCCGUUAACUCUGUCCAUGAAUCAACUCGUAUCCGUGGGAUGCCUCCCCCGAUCAAAAUUACCCUCAUUGGACACUACAUAUGACACGGCUUCAUCCUACUUUGAAAUGCUAGCAGAGCUUCAUAUUUCACACCUCAUUAACCAGAGAAAUGAUGCCAUCGACUCAGAGGAUGACUGCAGACGCAAGUUUGUCGCGAGAUUUCUGUUUCGCAAAAUGGUUCAAGAUCAAAAUCUGAGGGAGAAGUGGAUCUCGCACGAGAACGGCCCUUUUCCACUCUGGUGUGAUGAUCUGCGCCCACAAAAUAUGCUUAUCAAUGAGGCUGAAGAGGUGACCGGUGUGAUUGACUGGGAAUUCACAUAUACAGCUCCGGUCGAGUUUACUUAUGCGCCGCCUUGGUGGCUACUUCUCAAAAAGCCGGAAUACUGGCCCGGAGGGCUCGAUCAUUAUUGUCAAAUAUACGAAAAGACACUUCCUGCCUUUCUCGAUGCGAUGAUUGAGCGUGAAAACGAGGCAAUUCAGAAUGGUCACCUGGAAGAAAGCCAAAGGCUUUCUGGUCCAAUGCAAAAGAGUUGGGACAGCGGGGACUUCUGGAUUAUGUACGCGGCCAGAAACACUUGGGCGUUCGACGUGAUUUACUGGAAAAAGAUUGACCAGCGGUUCUUUGGACCAUCUGAAUCUUCGGAGGAAGCCUGGAAAGAAAGACUUGAUCUCCUAGAGCCCGAAGAGAGGAAGACAAUUGACGGCUAUGUGAGCCAGAAGCUUGAGGAGAUGAAAACCAGGGAGCUGGUAUGGGAUCCAGAUCAAUACACCCUAGAGUUUAUGGAAACGAUGGAGAAUAUGGAGAGGAUAGAGGCGAAGACGGCGGACACAACAGAGACGGCGGACACAGAGAAAGCAUGGUUGGCGGAGAUAACAGAGAGGAAAAAGCCAAUACAGACGACAGAGACGGCAGAAACAGAGAAAACAGCAGGGACAAAAGAGAUAUCGGAGGCAACGUAG